CAAUAAUCCUGCAAGCCCGCCAGACGCAUUUCUUUCAACAAUGCUCGCAUGACUGACUCGAUGUCAAUCGACUGGACUCAGUCGACUCACUUCUGGUCAUUGUCCUCAUCAGCUCUUGAUGUCGAACCGAAGUGGCAUCAACCGGGACAACACAAGCCUCAGUCCAGCUAGCAGCGACCAGUUGUCUGCAUGUUGUUAUCUGGAUGAGGCAUAGACUCGAUUCGAUUCGAUUGGGAAGCCCGUAACGAAAGAUAAGUCCAAGCAACAGCCCAGAAAGCAAAAGCGGUGAAAGAGCGAAAGGCUUGCCGCAACAAAUUCAACAACAGAUCCCACACCUUUUGCAUUUGUUACGUUUUGCUCUAUUGCGCCGAGACGUUUGACUACCGCUAUAUAUAUUGCCGUGAAAAACAAGAUGCCGAGUCCCAAGAACAAGAAUAAGAUGCCGGAAGCAGAUGAGGAGAAAGAAAGUAAAGCUGUUCCCUCGCGACUCUCCUUCCAAGACCAGUACACACUAGGAGCCAAGCUGCGCACCAUCUCUGACACGGCUGGCAUUUACCAGUGCGUCCACAAAGCCAGUCAGGAAGUCCGAUCUGUCAAAAUGGUGCAAAAAUCAUCGAGUCAUAGUCAUCGCAACAACAAAACGGCGUCUGAUCAUUAUUUUCAAUUGGAAGUUUCCAUUUUGAAGGAAUGCACGGAACAUCCCAAUCUACUACAUCUCAAGGAUUCCUACGAAGACGACAAGUUUUACUACAUCGUCACAGACAGUCUCGAUCAUCCCACUGUCUUGGAAGUCUUUCACACACUCCUCAAGGCGGACCAGAAGGAUCUCUACAAGCGAGCCGCGCAAAUCAUUCGCAUGGUCCUCAAAUGCGUCUCCUUUCUACAUUCUCAGAACAUUGUCCAUGGAAGAAUCAAGCCCCAGUACAUCCUGGUGAAAGGCUUUGACCGUAACGAGCAAUCUGAAUAUCCCUUUGCCAAUAUCAUGUUGAUCAAUUACGCAUCUGCUACCAUGGACACCCAUGCUGAUGACGACGACGACACGACAACCACCUGGGAAAUGCUAAAUGAUGACGACAGUAAUGACCAUCUUGAUGGCACUCCCAAACGCAGCAGUACUACCAGCACUACCAGUUUUGCCAGCACCACCAGCAGCAGCAGCAGCAGCAGCAGCAGUACCAGCCACAAGAAGAAAAAGGCGGGUCGAUUUGAUCCACCCGAACACGACAAUACAACGACCAAAGCCGACGUCUGGGCCAUUGGAGUACUCACCUUUUUCCUCCUCACAGGCCACUAUCCGUUUGCCACACCGGCGGAUCGAGAAAAACCCACCGGCAUUGCCAAUUGGUACAACAUUGCCAACAAAAACGACAAAGACUGUCGAGACUUUAUCCAAGGACUGCUGGCACAACAUCCAAAGGAUCGUCCCUGUCUGGAUGCCAUCCAAGUCGACAAGGUCCCUUGGAUUACCCGGGCCACCGGCAGCAUCAUGGCAUUCCCGGAACAAGCAUACGAAUCCGUCGUGACGCGACUGCGAAAUGUCAAUCGGAUGGAUCAAUUGGAAGCCGCCGUGCAUUCCUACAUUGCCACCAAUCUUCUGCUCGAAGCCGAUCGACAAGAACUCGAUCAAAUAUUCAUGUACUGCGACCAGAAAAAUGAUGGCAAACUUUCCCGAGACGAGUUUGCCGCGUACAUGCUAGAUUGUGGAUAUGCGAGCAAUCACGAGAUUAACGAAAUCUUUGAUUGUGUUGAUCUUGCUGGCAACAAUUACAUCUCCUACAAUGAAUUCAUCACCUUUGCCGAAGAACGCGACAAGAAAAUGAAACACUCCAAGUUACAGGCUGCCUUUCAAGCCUUUGAUGUGUCUCAAACGGGAUACAUUACUACUGAGGAUUUGAUGGAGUUCUUUCGUCAUUCCUCUGGCGUAGAACAAGUGUCUGCCAAGGCGGCCCAAGCCAUGAUUGACCAAGCCGACACGGACGGAGACGGUCAGCUCAGUUUUGAUGACUUUGCCCGCAUGCUCUUGACCAAACGCGAGCGGAAACGAAUGUUUGAGAAGAAGUACCAUGUCGCGUACGAUCAGGCCGGCAAUGAUCGCCAACGUGGCCAUGAGAAUCGCAUGAAGAUGAGAAACAAACCCAUCUUUUUCUCAUUGUGGUAGUCAGUUGCGCUGGUGCUCCAAAUCAGUCUGUGCGUUUGUUUCGCUCUGCUAUAGCCAGUUUUGUUGCUAGCUAGUAACUCUCUGUGGGAUGAAAGAAGCCUAUAGAUUGCCAUUGAAGCUAGUUCAGAUAUCUCAGCUAGCUUGCCAAUUCUAUGGGAAGGACUACAGUAAGGAAUGGCUCUAGCUAGCUAGGCUUCUAAGUAAAAAAGGUAGUCAACAGGG